CUCGCUGCACGCGCUGCAGCCAGGCAGGCAAACAGCGGCGGACAACGACUGGAGCGCCGCAGUGAACAGAUUCACUGGAACACCCGGACCGCUUUCUUGACCCCGCCAUUGCCAGAACCUGCUUGAUAAAGCCAGAAUGCGAGAGACCUUGAAGAUAGAGAAAAAUCAUUCCAAGGUGGAGGAGGAGGCAGCAAUGGAUAUCACGGCCUUGUGUGUUUUGUUGAGGUUUUGCUGGAGGCGAGGGUGACCAAACAAAAGAGGCACUGAGAACCCUGAGGAGCUGUUUUCUCUCCCUCGCUGUCACCAUGGAAUAAACCAGGAGGUGGAGAAUGCCGCAAGAUGCUCUGCAAGCCAGUAGCAAGCGUCGGCGCAGUCUGAAGGCUGAAAGUAAAUAGUGAAGAACAAGAGGCGGCUUCUUUCCCGCUGCUUUGUCUUGGUGCGCCAAUCAGUGGGGCCUCCAUCUUCCUCCAUAAUGUGCCUCUUAUUAAGAGGUGGGAUUCUGCUUUUUAAAUCCCCACCGAGUGUGGACUUGGUUGCCUCCAAUGCGAAGAAGCCUUAAACCAAUUAUCAGCGACGCUCAACGCGAUAGUUGAUGAUAGUCUGGGCUCUCUGCCGUAUAACGAUGCAGGAAUCCUUUAAAAAAGAAUGUAUCCCAGACCACAAGACGUCACCCAUGUCCUGCAGACCGACUGCCUGUUUUCCCCGUUUCCCUAUCCCACUUUUCCUGCUCCUCUUAUUCAUGGCUCCUCCGGCGGGGACCAUACACAUGGAGGUCAUCGAGAGCCACAAUGAGUUCAGCUGUGAGCCCAUCAAACUACGAAUGUGCCAGGAUCUGCCUUACAACGCCACCUUCAUGCCCAACUUGCUCAACCACUACGACCAGCAGACAGCCGCGCUCGCCAUGGAGCCUUUCCAUCCGGUGGUAAACCUGGUGUGCAGCCCUGACCUGAGGAUGUUCCUGUGCGCCCUCUACGCCCCAGUGUGUGUCGUGUACGGACAUGUGUCCCUGCCGUGCCGUGCCCUCUGCUGGCGGGCCAAGGACGACUGUCAGAGACUGAUGGACAUAUUUGGACUCACCUGGCCAGAUGACAUUGAGUGCAGCAGGUUUCCCGACUGUGACGAGCCGUACCCUCGCCGAGAGGACCUGCAGAAAGGCUCCGAGCCCACCGACCGAUCCCCCAUGAGCGUUCAGCGGGAUUACGGCUUCUGGUGCCCCAGAGAGCUAAAGAUGGAACCGGAGCUGGGUUACUCGUUCAUGGGCAGGAAAGACUGCUCCGCUCCCUGUCCUUCCAUGUACUUCAGCCAACAGGAAGUGACCUUCACGCGAUACUUCAUUGGGGUCACCUCCAUUGUCUGUCUGUCUGCGACCUUGUUCACUUUCCUUACUUUUCUCAUCGAUGUCACCAGGUUCAGGUACCCGGAGCGGCCUAUUAUCUUCUACGCUGUGUGUUACGUGAUGGUGUCGCUGGUGUUCUUUUUGGGCUUCGUGUUGGAGGACACUGUGGCGUGCAACUCCGUCAACCACGCGCAGUUCAAAGCUUCAACUAUAACGCAGGGCUCGCACAAUAAGGCGUGCACCUUGUUUUUCAUGAUCCUCUACUUCUUCACCAUGGCUGGCAGUUUGUGGUGGGUCAUCCUAACGAUCACGUGGUUCCUGGCAGCCGUGCCUAAAUGGGGCAGCGAGGCUAUCGAAAAGAAAGCCCUCCUCUUCCACGCCGUGGCCUGGGGGCUUCCGGGGGCCCUCACCGUCGCCCUCUUGGCCCUGAACAAAAUCGAAGGCGACGGCAUCAGCGGCGUGUGCUUCGUAGGGCUCUACGACAUAGACGCCCUGCGGUGGUUUGUUUUGGCACCGCUCUGCCUCAACGUGGCGGUGGGCAUCUCUCUUCUCUUAGUGGGCAUCGUGGCGCUGAACCGCGUGCGCAUGGAGAUCCCCCUGGAGAAAGAGAACCAGACCAAACUUGUCAAGUUCAUGAUCCGAAUGGGGGUUUUCUCCGUGCUCUACCUGGUGCCCUUGCUGACCGUGAUCGGCUGCUACGUGUACGAGCACGCCUACCGCGGCGUGUGGGAGACCACCUGGAUGGAGGAGAACUGCCGCCGCUAUCACAUCCCGUGCCCGUACAAGGUGGAGCAGACCAGUCGACCGUCCGUGGUCUUGUUCCUCGUAAAAUACUUGAUGAUGUUAGUGGUGGGAAUCCCGUCUGCUUUCUGGGUGGCCAGCAAGAAGACCUGCUUUGAGUGGGCCGGCUUCCUGCAUGGCCGCAGACGCAAAGAUAGUGGGGUGAAUGAAUCUCGUCAGGUGCUACAAGAGCAGCCCGACUUGGCCCAGUCAUUGCUGCGCGAACCCAACACCCCCAUCAUCAGGAAGUCCAGAGGAACGUCCACUCAGGGUACUUCCACUCACGCCUCCUCCACUCACCUGGCUGACCUGGACGAGCCCCUCGAAAGCCACCCCGCCCAGCCCGCCUCCACCAGGAGCAAAGCCGGCAGCGUCCACAGCAAAGUCAGCUACCACGGCAGCCUGCGACGCGCUCGCGACGAUAGGAGCGACGCGGUGGUCUACAGAGGCGUGGAGCAGCGCAGUUUCCACGGCAGCACGCCGCGCCUCGACCACCCGCUAUCCACGCACGGAAGCCUGAGGGACGUGACCGAGGCCCCGCCCACUCUCAUUACUCACGGAUCGACGGCCAGUGAGGGUCAAGUCGCCGACAAUGACGGCACCAUCGCCUAACAACUUCAAAGUAGGGUGAAAGAGCCUUUUUACGUGUUGAGACUGGAUUUACACACACACACACACACACAUUCUUGCUGUUAACAAUCCUAAAUAGCUUGUCCACUAAUUUCUUAAUGACAUUAAAAACAAGUCUCGUACCAGACUGAAACUUGAUUGUUGACAAACUUCAUUUGUACUUGGACCUAAUGUGAACCUGUGGACCUCAUUGUGUGUUACUUCACCUAUUUUUGUACUGUACACGAUGUGUAGGAGUGGACAAGAUUCAAACUGUUGAGUUUUAUUAAUCAGAUUGAUUGAUUUUUGCACUGAGGCAUCUGCUUAGUAAAUAAUACAGGUCCAUCUAAAUUAGGGAUGUCCUAAGUCCAAUUCACUUAAUUGUGACAAUCUGCCGAUACUCGAGCGAGUCCCGAUCCGAUACCUUAGCGAAGGAAACCAAAUUGUCUCAAUUAUCUUCAUUUGUUUCUCUUAAAAUAGAUAGCCCAAUAUAACAGUUAAUAUGGCAACAAAGCUUUUCUUUUAACACCAGUAAAACGGAGCAAGCGGUUGACAGCUUUCACUACUACACUUUGAAUUAUUGAAGUUGCUGAAGUCUGUUUCUUUUGCCCGUCUGACUCACGACAUGAUGUAAAUAUGACUUCUUUUUUUUUUUCCCUUCCCCCUAUGUGACCCUACCUCGCCUGUGUGAUCCACAUUUUGUGCUCCUAUCAAAAACCUCUUUUUCCCCUUCACGUAGCACACACACGACACACUUUGUACUACAAACAUUCUCCAUCCUCAUCAGUAACAAAUUUGCCUUCUGCCUCUCCUGCCUGUAAAUGCUCUCUCACUGGUCUUGUUUAAGACUUGCAACAAGCCUCUGUGUUUUUACAGACCUUGGGAAUGAGACGUUUCGCUGAAAGUUGUGAGUAAGCACAACUUAACUGACAUGGACAGAUGAACUAAAAAAAAAGCAAAAACUCUUCUCUGAGCCCUAACUGCAUUUAUCCGAGGCCGUGAGGGACUGAAACAUUUGUUUUUCAGAUGUCAUAUCGUGAUGCAAGUGCUGUGUGCAAAUGUGGUGGGCAUUCACUUUGAUAUUGUAAAAAAAUGAAAAACCUCAAUUCUGUUUGUGUUUUAAUUUAUUUGCCAUUUGCAACUGCUUUAACUACUUUUACAAGCAGUCUAAUAAACUUUUUUAUGGACUUUAA